AUGGCUGUGGCUCACGUUCCGCUUUGGGCGGUCUGCAUGCUGAGGGUGGCGCUAGCCACGGUCUACUUCCAAGAGGAAUUUCUAGACGGAGAGCGCUGGAGGAACCGAUGGGUGCAGUCCACCAAUGACUCUCAAUUUGGGCAUUUUAGACUCUCGUCGGGGAAGUUUUAUGGUCAUAAAGAGAAAGACAAAGGUCUGCAAACCACUCAAAAUGGCCGAUUCUAUGCCAUCUCUGCACGAUUCAAACCAUUUAGCAAUAAAGGGAAGACUCUGGUCAUUCAGUACACAGUGAAACACGAGCAGAAGAUGGACUGUGGAGGGGGCUACAUUAAGGUCUUCCCUGCAGACGUGGAUCAGAAGAACCUGAAUGGAAAAUCCCAGUACUAUAUUAUGUUUGGACCCGAUAUUUGUGGAUUUGAUAUCAAGAAAGUUCAUGUUAUUUUACAUUUCAAGAAUCAGUAUCACUCAAACAAGAAAUCAAUCAGGUGUAAGGUUGACGGCUUUACACACCUCUAUGCUCUGAUUUUAAGACCAGACCUCACUUACGAAGUGAAGAUUGAUGGUCAGUCGAUUGAAUCUGGCGACAUCGAGUAUGACUGGAACUUAACGUCACUUAAGAAGAUGGAGAAGUCCUCUGCAGAGUCCAAGGAUUGGGACCAGGCUGAAGGUGACAAAUCCCAGGACUGGGAGAAGCAUUUUCUGGAUGCCAGUGCCAGCAAGCCAAGCGACUGGAACAGUGAGCUGGAGGGGGACUGGCAGGGGCCGAUGCUGCAGAAGCCUCCGUACCAGGACGGCCUGAAACCAGAGGGUAUAGACAAAGACAUUUGGCUCCACCAGAAGAUGAAAAACAACUAUUUGACAGAAUACGACCUCUCUGAAUUUGAGAACAUUGGUGCCAUUGGACUGGAGCUUUGGCAGGUGAGAUCAGGAACCAUCUUUGAUAACUUCCUGAUCACAGACGAUGAAGAGUAUGCCGAGAAUUUUGGCAAGGCUACUUGGGGGGAAACAAAGGGCCCAGAAAGGGAGAUGGAUGCCAUACAGGCCAAGGAGGAAAUGAAGAAGGCCCGUGAGGAAGAUGAGCAGGAGCAGCUGGUGGGCAGGUUUGGUGGGCAAGAAAACACUUUCCAGAGAUUUCACAGGAGGGAUGAACUUUAG